GCCUGUAUUUGAGGUGACAAUGUUUGUGCUGUGCUCAGUGACAUUUCUCCUCCUUGUCUUUGCAGAAACUACAAACACACUGGAGAUGAAGUCGGGAAGCAGUGAGCCUGCAGCACUCAGUGUUGAACUGUGUGUGAAGAGCUCGUGGAGUUUAGAGGUGCGAUGGACUGAGCACCAAAAUAGCGCAAGUUCAGCACAAACCUAUCAGGUCCAAAUUGGACAAAGUGACUUUAAUAUCAUCAUUCAGAGUAAUGUGAGGAAGGAGCCUGGAGUUCAGUUUGUGUCGUGGAUUUGGACCUCAGCAAUGCCACUCCAGUGUGCUGAUCACUUCAUACGGAUCAGACGCCUUUCCGGCUCAUGGACUGACUGGAAGUCUCAUUAUGGUCAGCAGAAUGUUAGUUCCAAAAGAUUGAGGUUGUUCCCGACGCAGGAGGUUUUACAAGAAGGAUCAUCUGUCUUCUUCUGCUGCAUCCCUUCUGAUGGAGCUCAAGUUACUGCCCUCCAAUUCUCCAACACACCAUACCCCCUGAUCAACAUCAGCCACCGUGUCCGAGCCAUCAAGGUGCUGAGACUCAACAUCACUAAGAUGGGUGUAAAACUCUUCUGCCAGGACGACUCAGGAAACCAGCAAGCAGUGUUAAACUAUGUCACCUUUCCUCCUGAGAAGCCAAAGAACCUGAGCUGUAAGACGAGCAACCUGAAGAAUAUUGUGUGUUCAUGGACACCAGGCAGAGUACCCAACCUAAGUAGUGUUCGGAGACGCCGAUACACACUUCACAUUCUGAACUCAGAUGGACUGAUGUUCCAAUGUGAUGAGAGAUCUUCCUCCUGCCAGUUCCCUGUUCUUCCAGACCUGUUCAUCUACAACAUCUCUGUGGUGGUGGAGAACAGCCUGGGGGAGGAGAGAGAGAGCUACACUUUUAAUAUAACACAUAGAGUAUAUCCUGUCCUUGAGGACUUGGCCGUGAUUCCUGGUUCACUGCAUGCUGAAGUGUAUUGGACAUUGAAUGGAAAUUUUACAGGCUUGCAGUUAAUUUGUCAGAUAACCACGGAGCCGAUAAACAAAACCACAGAGCUGCAGUGUGUAGGUAUGGCGUGUGUGAGGAAUCUCAGUGUGUCUGUACAACAACUGCAGCCAAGCUCUCAGUACUCCACCAGGGGGCGCUGUGCAGUGAAGCACAACAGCUGGAGCUCAUGGAGCACAACACACACCUUCAGCACAGAGCCAUUGGUGAAGCUGGAUGUCUGGAGGAGGAUGGAGGAGAACCAUCACAGUCGCAGGAUCAGGGUUCUUUGGAGAAUAUUCAGCAGCAGCUCACACUCGACCAUUGAUGUGUAUGAAGUUUGUGUGCAGCAGCAGGACAAGAGCAGUGUGUGUGUGAAUGUCACAGAGACACAGGCGAACUUUACAGUGGGGUUUGGAGUGUGUGAUGUGUCAGUGAGAGCCUAUACACACACAGGGAUGUCCCUGCCAUCUUCUAUUAGAGUUCCUGCACUAAAUACAGCUACUGACACAAAGCAAAAGAGGAUUGUGGGUAAUUCAGAUGGUUUCCUGUUGACCUGGCCUGGACUCUCCUCAGCUACAUGUGGCUACACCCUAGAGUGGUGCCUCAUGGAUAAUUUGGGAGCAUGCAACCUGCAGUGGAGGAAAGUCUCAGCCAAUCAGACAUCGUUAUUACUCAGUGCAAGUGAGUUUAAAGCAGGCUGUAGAUACACAUUUAAUAUCUACAGCUGUCACUCAAAUGGAUAUCAGAUUCAUGAGAGACACAUUGGAUAUCUGAAGGAACAGAAGCCUUUGCAGGCUCCUGAUGUCUGUCUUUCUCCAAGUGUAAGUUCUCACUCCAUAACACUGAUGUGGAGAUUCAACGAGGAAGAUCCCUCUCACCCCGGAUUCAUCACAGGAUACACACUGACCAUACAAACUGAGCCGGAUGACACACAUGGUCAGUCUUUCUUUCAUGGUGUGUACAAUGUGACAGUAGAUGAAUCUCACUGUAAGAGGGUGACAGUUGAAGGACUGACUGAGUCUAAGUGUUACACACUACGUCUAGCAGCUUGUACAAAAUCUGGUUGUGGACCUGAAAGUGUGUAUACUGUUUCAACACUGCCGAAAUAUUUCACACUGGUUCUGAAGGUCAUUACUCCUCUCCUCCUCCUGAUUGGCUGUUGCUGUUGCCUGAGGUCUUACAGCAACACUGUAAGGGGAAUCAUAGUGGAUGUCUUUAUUUUCCCCAAACAUCACAACAUGAGGAUGAUGGAGCUUGAUGAUGAUGUGUUUAAGGUGAGUGAGGAGAUCAGUGCUCUGGCAGUGGAGGAGUGUGAGAGCUGCGAUGUGGAGAUCACGGAACAGGAAACACACUCUUGUUCAUUCUUGGAUCCCGACUCAGAUAAUGAGUUAAUGACGGUGACCAACAUUACAUACCUCCUGCUCUCCAACACACCUGAACACGAAAAGCAUUCAGGUUUGAGAUCUGAGCCCAAGGAGCUGAGAUCAAAGCUGAGAAGUUAUGGCCAAGUGUGGAAUAAUGGAGAAGAGUGCCAUGAUGGAGACGUGAUGGGCAGUAAUCUGUCCAAUGGUCGACUUUGGCAGAUGAGCUGAGGAACAUGUUCAAGAUAACAGAUCUGGGUAGUAAAGAAAAGAAACUUCGAUCAUUUGUUAUCAUUAAUCAUUAAACAUCUUUAUUUUGUUCCA